GAUCUACCUCACGUGAUGAUCUUCCGGAAGUCUCCUGCGAGGCCAUCAUCCGAUCAAGAAAUAGAUGAUACAGCGAAUCAGCUCAGAAUCUCGAAGAUUGUGGACCAGAUAGACGGUCUCCAUUCGCACUUCCUAAUUGAUCCCGCAAAGGUCCGUCGUCAGGCAUCGGUGUCGGCACCGCGAUCACAUGGGGAUCCGCGGUCGCGUGGGUAAGCAGUAGGUCCAGUAGUUCAAAUAUAAGACGAGCAUCCUCGGCGACCAGGGCGCUGCUCCGCUCCUGGUCAUGGCCUCCCGUCUCGCGGCCGCGCUGCUCCCCUUCGGUGUCCUCCUCCUCGCUGCGAACGCGAACCCGCUGGCGCCGCGCCAGUCCGCGGACGCGAACAUCACGGCACUGACCGACGCCGAGAUCGACUUGUUCACGCCGUACUCGUACUACGCGGCCGCGGCGUACUGCCCGCCGAACACGACCCUCGCGUGGAACUGCAGCACGAACUGCGACGCGAAUCCGGGCUUCAAGCCGAUUGCGUCUGGCGGCGACGGCGGCGCGACGCAGUUCUGGUACGUCGGAUACGACGCAGCGCUGCAGACGGUCGUGGUCGCGCACCAAGGCACAAGCAACAACAUUCUCUCCAUCCUGACCGAUGCCACAUUCGCCCUCGGGCCGCUCAACGCCACGCUCUUCCCGAACAUCCCCGCCGGGAUCCGCGUGCACAGCGGGUUCGCGAACGCACAAGCCAGGACCGCGGAGACGAUCCUGUCCACCGUCAAACACGCUCUGUCUGUCUCCGGGCUGUCCAAGGUGACGAUUGUCGGCCACAGCUUGGGUGCCGCGAUCAGUCUGCUCGACGCGGCGUAUCUCCCGCUGCAGCUCCCCGGGGUGACAUUCAAGACGAUCCUGUCGGGAAUGCUGCCUUUGCGUCGUUCGUCAGCUCCAGUAACACCGUCAGCCACGUCAGCAACAGAGAAGAUCUGGUCCCCGUUUUGCCAGGAUCCUGGCUGGGAUACCGCCAGCCGACCGGCGAGAUCCACAUCGACGCAAGACUCAGGCACGUGGUACGCCUGCCCUGGGGUCGACAACACAAGCAAGCUGUGCACAGCAGGCGCCGUCCCCACGCUGCUCCAGGGAAAAACCUCGGACCAUGCGGGACCGUACAACGGUGUGGAGAUCCGGUGUCCUAGCCCUUCAUCUCUCGGUGCAAAUCCGCAGUCUCAGUAAUAAUAUUCAUGCGCUUGGGUCGAAUAACGAUUUGUCAACCCAUCACAUGAUCGGUGUUCAAUUUAUCACGUGGAGGUUCAGAUUCAGAGUCCUUUGUAUCUUCUUCGUCCCCGGUAUUCAGCUGCUGCGUCGCAUCCCCCCAGCCCACGCGACAGCAUCCCUCUGCCCCUUCCUCAUAUCGACAGCGACCCAGAUGAUCAGAAGCGCCACGAGGCAGAGCGAGAACAGAAACGGGAACGCUGCAUGCCCCAAUUGAGUAUCCAUCCUCUGCUGACCUGGCAAGCGGGAGGAUAGAAUGACACACACGCACCCAUCCAGUCAUCCCCCGACGCGUUGAUGAUCGCCUGG